AUGGGCACACCAACGGCCGACUCACCUACCAGGUCACCGACUGUCGCUGGUGCAGAGGCACAUGCAGGCAAUAUGGCAGACACGCCUGCAGCUUCAGCUACACCUACAGCAGCGGUUCAUUUCCUGGCUGUGGCAGAAACUGCUGCUGCAGCACUGACCACCCUCACACCAACACCAUCAGGCUCAGGCGCGGCAGCAGCAGGGUCCUUAGCUCCACCGAGACACACCCAGUCAGAGCCCUCUGCCGACCAGAGACCGAUUGACUGGUACCAGGUCAUUGUCAACGGAGCAUCAACCAUGCUCCGUACAAUUUCCCCGACUGGAUCCCCCCCGUGGCACGCGAUAUAUCGUGAAGCACUGACGGCGGCAGCAGCUGAAUUCGGAGCAGCAGCAACUACUCCAGCGGCAGGGAACACGGCACGAGCACCGGUCACGGGAGAGGACGAAGCGGAGCCACCCGAGCAGCCCAUGAGCCCAACGAGCCAGGAGGAUGCAACCCCAAAGGGUUUGAAGCUGACAAAGAGAGAGAUUGGCAAGGCAGCGGCAGCUCUCAUGCGGGGUGAGCAGUUCGGCAUGAAGGGCCUAGAGGCAGCAUAUGGGCUGAAGGAAGAAGAAGACCUCCCUACUGUUUGGCAUCGUUUCUUCGAAGAUAUGCAGUCCAUGCUACUCAACACGACACCACCAGAGCCCCCUGCUUCCUCACCCUUCAAGAGCUUGCCUAAGCUCCUGCGCAAGGCGAUCGAGAAGGAGCUGGCUUCAUUCAAGAGCUGCCUUCGCACCUACAGCAAAGUAUCGAACGGCCUGUGCGAGCUUCAGCAGCAGUUCAGGGAUGGGGAAGUUUCCCACGCUCUCCGGAUUUCAACCCCCACGCUACAGCUAACCGACCCUGCCCUACAGGAGAGUUUGAACCAGGCCCUAGACAAUGAGCUGAAAACCUUCAAAACAAAGGCCCAGCUGACUCUGAUGGGGUACAAAGAGAAGGAGAAGGCUCACUGGGAAGCGGCAGCAGAGGUGUGGGCGGCACGGACACACACUCGCUUCGAGAGCUUCCUGGAGAAAGACCUUCACUUUUUCGAGACCCAUGCAGCACCUGGUACCCCUGCACCCGAUGCUCACCUCAAGGAGCUGGCCGCUGACUACAUGGCACGUGGCAUGGCACGAGAGCUGAUGUAUCAUGCCGUGUGGAUCAAGGGCAACCGCAACUCAAAGGCAAGGGGGGCAGCUAAACGGGAGAAGGCACGGGGUGAACAGGCGCAGGUGGAGCAGAUACAAGCAGAUCCUUCUACCGACCUGCUCGGGCUGAUGAAAACACUGGUUGGCCCCCUACAGCAGCGGGUAGAGGCCUUGGAGCAGCGCCAGUCUAAGAGUGGGCCUACAACAGAGCACGGGAAGGUAGCAGGAAAGAGCAGGGCACAACGCCGAAGAGAAGCGAAAAAAACACAAGGCCCGAAACGGAGCCACCUCACAGCAACCCACAGCAGCAGCGACAGCCCCUGA